AUGCCAAGGAUCUCCGCUUGGAUCACAGUCAACUUCCUCAUAGAGGGUCUCCACGGCUCUGACACACCCACUGUGGAGAUGCUGGAUUUGGGAGGGGGGUCCACUCAGAUCACCUUCUCCCCUCAGGAUGAGAAGACCAUCCGGGCCUCACCCAUCGAUUACAUGACAUCAUUUCAGAUGUUCAACAGCACCCACACACUCUACUCACACAGCUACCUUGGUCUAGGCUUGAUGUCGGCAAGACUAGCUGUCUUGGAAGGAAUCGAGGGACAGCCUUUAGAGGGCAGCAGCACCGAGCUAGUAAGUCCCUGCUUGGCCCCAGACUACUCUGGCCAAUGGGAACAUACAGAAGUUCUGUAUACUGUGAAGGGACAAGAAAGCGGUGAGAGCCCAUUUGAGUCCUGCCUUAGGAAAGUGGAGAAGUUGCUGUUUCAGAAGGUGAAGAAGGCAGAGGACGCCAAAGAUAUUGAAUUCUAUGCCUUUUCAUACUACUAUGGCAGAGCUGUGGAUCUGGGCGCUAUUGAUGAGAAAACAGGAGGGACUAUAAAAGUCACCGAUUACAUGGAUGCUGCUAAAAGUGUGUGCAACGGAAUGACAGUUAUUCCCAGAGAGAAUACUUUCCUUUGUCUGGAUCUAACCUACAUCUCUCGGAUGCUGCAAGAGCUUGGUUUUCCCAAAGAAAAAGUAUUUAAGCUGGCGAGGAAGAUUGAUGAAGUGGAGACUAGUUGGGCUCUGGGGGCUACUUUCUACUACAUAGAGUCCCUCCACAGUCAGUGA